UUUCUGGCACAACUAGAAUUAGAAGUUAGAAAGUCAUAAACCACCACACCCACCCAUAUCCUCACCACAGACCUGCCUCCGCCACCCAAUCGCCGCCGCCGCUUCUCCGUCACCCAAUCGCCGCCGCUGCUUCUCUGCCACCCAAUCGUCGCCGCUGCUUCUCUCCUUCUUUCCACCGCCACCAAAAAGUUAAAGUGAUCAGUUAGUUAGUCUUCUCAAGCUGUUUUUGCUGGUGAUUUACUUGUUCUUUGGGAGUUCUGAAGUGCCAUUAGAUUUAUAUUUUAAAUCCACUAAAUAGAUGGAUCAGAAACGGCAUACUGCGAUUUUUACUACUGCUAGCCUUCCUUGGUUGACCGGAACAGCAGUGAAUCCUCUCUUUCGUGCGGCGUAUCUUUACAAAGCUGGGAUAAGGAAUGUCACCUUGGUGAUCCCUUGGUUAUCAUUGAAAGAUCAAAAAGUAGUAUAUCCGAACAAUAUUACAUUUGAUUCUCCUGCAGAGCAGGAGAAAUAUAUUCGCCAAUGGCUUGAGGAUAGAGUUGGAUUUGCAUCUGGUUUCAGCAUAAAGUUUUAUCCGGGAAAGUUUUCUAGAGAUAAAAGGAGCAUUCUUGCUGUUGGCGAUAUUUCAGAAAUUAUCCCCGACAAAGAUGCAGAUAUUGCUGUUCUAGAAGAGCCUGAGCACCUGACGUGGUUUCAUCAUGGGAAAAGAUGGAAAACUAAAUUCAAGCUAGUUAUAGGAAUUAUUCACACCAAUUAUUUAGCAUAUGUGAAGAGAGAGAAGAAUGGAACCCUGCAAGCAUUUUUACUGAAAUAUUUAAACAACUGGGUUGUUGGUAUAUAUUGUCACAAGGUAAUCAGACUCUCUGCUGCCACUCAGGAUUACCCUGGGUCCAUCGUCUGUAACGUUCAUGGAGUUAAUCCAAAGUUCCUUGAGAUUGGCAAGAAAAAAAGGGAGCAACAACAAAAUGGAGAGAUUGCCUUUACCAAAGGUGCCUAUUUUAUUGGGAAAAUGAUAUGGAGCAAAGGCUACAAGGAGCUGCUCCAACUUCUUAAUGAUCAUCAAAAGGAAUUAUCUGCUCUUGAACUUGAUUUAUUUGGAAGUGGAGAGGAUUCUGAUGAAGUUCAAGAAGCUGCUAAAAAGCUGGAAAUGACAGUUAGAGUUCAUCCAGCCUGUGAUCAUGCUGAUGGUCUAUUUCAUGAUUUCAAAUUGUUUAUUAAUCCGAGCACAACAGAUGUGGUUUGCACGACAACAGCAGAAGCUUUAGCAAUGGGAAAAAUUGUUGUGUGCGCGGACCAUUGCUCAAAUGAGUUUUUCAAGCAGUUCCCGAAUUGUUGGACGUAUAAUAAUCACAAGGAAUUUGUUGAACUAACACUUAAGGCAUUGACCGAAGAACCCGGCCAACCUACCGACGCUCAGAGACAUGACCUUUCAUGGGAGGCUGCCACAGAACGGUUUCUUAAGGCCGUUGACCUCGACAAGCCAUCUGAGAGAAAAUUAUUAUCUAGAACUACUUCAAACUAUCUGUCUACUUCGUUAUAUUUGCAACAGACAGUAGAGGAUGCAUCAGCAUUUGUACAUCAUGUAGCUUCUGGGUUUGAAAUAUCGCGAAGAAUAUUUGGUGCCAUUCCACAUAGCUUGCAACCCGAUGAACAGCUGCGCAAGGAACUUGGGUUUGCUAAUACUUCCGGGACAUAAGUCAGGAUAGGAAUUAAAAAGUUUACAACUAUGAGAGAGUUAGGAAGAGCGAGUAGUUAACAUGCAGCCAAAAAAUGAUAUUUUAAGAAUUUGUGGUUUAAAUGUGGAAUAAAUGCUACUCGUGGACCACCAGAUCCAUACGUCUUUCAUUUGAGCUCCUUGGCCUACAUUUUGAUGGUAGUGGUGGUAAUUGAUUGUUGUGAUUGUGAUAGAAUGACACCUUAACGUAUCUUACGGUAUAAUCAAAUCCAUGUAGUUUUUGGUAAAAAA